CAAAAAGCGGCCUUCCUCGGCCACGGCUCAGGCUCGUUUCUGACUGGUGGUUUGUCUUCUAUGGUAACGGAACGAAAGGAGCGGCGGGGCGGGCGAAUUGCGCCCGGGACAUGUCAGCUCUCUGUAGCCGCACAGACAGAUGUUGAAGUGAGUGGGUUUUAUGGUACUGGUGCACCAUGUAUUCAGAGUGGCGGUCUCUGCAGCUCGUCAUUCAGAGUGACAAAGGUCACAUGAGCGUUCUGCAUAGCUAUCCCAAUAACGUUGGCAAAGAUGUGGCCCAUGCUGUAGUACGUCCUCUGGGACAGGGGCUCAACAGUUCUGCAAGCAACAAUGAAAGCAUUCUAAAAACUGACAAAGAGGUAAAAUGGACCAUGGAGGUGCUAUGUUAUGGACUGACUCUGCCUCUGGAUGGGGAAACAGUGAAACUAUGCGUGGAUGUUUACACCGAUUGGAUAAUGGCUUUGGUGUCUCGCCGUGACUCUAUCCCUCAGCCCAUUAUCAAAGAACCAAAUUUAUAUGUUCAGACUAUUCUCAAACAUCUACAGAAUCUGUUUGUUCCUAGAACAGAGUACGCUCACAACCAAAUCACAUUGUGUCUGCGGGUUCUUGCAGCUGUUCAGAAAUUGGCUCAUGAGUCUGCUAACAUGUCGAGGGAAACCUGGGAAGUACUAUUGCUCUUCCUGCUGCAAAUUAAUGAUACCCUUUUGGCAGCUCCAACAGUUUCAGGAGGUCUGGCAGAAAAUCUCGCUGAUAAGUUAAUUGGUGUACUCUUCGAAGUCUGGUUCUUGGCUUGUACACGAUGCUUCCCAACACCGCCCUACUGGAAGACAGCUCGAGAAAUGUUGGCCAACUGGAGACACCACCCAGCUGUGGUAGAACAGUGGAGUAAGGUCAUCUGUGCACUGACAUCUAGGCUCCUGCGGUUUACCUACGGUCCUUCCUUCCCUCCAUUCAAAGUUCCAGAUGAAGAUGCAAACCUGAUUCCAGCAGAAAUGGACAACGACUGUGUUGCUCAGACUUGGUUCCGCAUUUUGCACAUGCUUAGCAAUCCUGUGGAUUUGAGUAAUCCAGCCAUAAUAAGCACCACACCAAAAUUCCAGGAGCAGCUUCUGAAUGUUAGCGGGAUGGCUCAGGAAAUGAUACAGCAUCCAUGUCUCAAGCAGCUGCCUCAAAUCUUCUUUCGAGCCAUGCGUGGCAUCAGCUGCCUGGUGGACGCCUUUCUAGGCAUUGCAAGGAUCAAUAUCAUUCGGGAAAGGUUACCCCCUUAUGGUAUUUCCCGGCCCCGUUCUGACAGUGCUCCUCCCACUCCAGUGAAUAGGCUGAGCAUGCCACAGGCAAGCAGUACAAUGAACACAACACCCCCUCACAGCAGAAGGAUGCGAUCCGUUACUGUUACAAAGGCAACUGUUAAAACAGGCUCAGGGAGUACUGCACAUCCUCCCAAAGUAACACAUCAGACUUCCACCACUUCUCCAUUGUCUAGCCCGAACCAAACUAGCUCAGAACCAAGACCUCUACCUGCUCCGACUCGCCCCAAGGUCAACAGUGUAUUGAAUCUCUUUGGUCAAUGGUUGUUCGAUGCAGGACUGGUUCACUGCAGACUGCACAGUGGCAUGAACAGGGAUGGCAGUAUGACGGCAUCUUUUAUCCAAAUUCUCCUUUCUUAUAAAUCUUGUAUUACAACUCCAGCAGGACUGGAUGUCCGACGGAAGCCCUCCCAGAUAUCCACUGAAAAUAUGGUUGCCAAUCCGCUCUUUGAUGCCAAUGAAUUUCCAGAUAACUACGAAGCAGGCAGGGCAGAGGCCUGUGGAACACUCUGCCGAAUCUUCUGCAGUAAGAAAACUGGGGAAGAGAUCCUUCCAGUGUACCUAUCCAGAUUCUACAUGGUGCUGAUCCAGGGUCUUCAGAUAAAUGAUUUCAUCUGCCGCCCAGUUCUGGCCAGUAUCAUCCUGAAUUCUCCUGCUUUAUUUUGCUCUGAUCUGAAGGGCAUCGAUGUUUUAGUUCCUUACUUCAUUUCUGCACUGGAAACUAUUUUGCCUGACCGAGAACUGUCCAAAUUUAAAGCAUAUGUGAAUCCCACUGAACUUAGAAGAGCUUCAAUCCACAUUCUGCUGUCGAUGUUGCCGCUACCCCAUCACUUUGGGACAGUUAAAGCAGAGGUGCUUUUGGAAGGAAAGUUCAGCAGUGAGGAGUCUUCAUCACAUGACAAACCAGUUACCUUUCUCUCACUGAAGUUGAGGCUCGUCAAUGUGUUAAUUGGUGCCCUACAGACUGAAACGGAUCCCAACAAUACACAGAUGAUUCUAGGUGCCAUGUUAAAUAUUGUUCAAGAUUCUGCUCUUUUGGAAGCAAUUGGUUCUCAGACAGAGCUGAGUGUUGGUGAUAGUACUCACGUUUCACUCAAGAGUCAUAGUCGAAACAGUAGUGGCAUCAGUAUGACCAGUACUGGCAGUUCUGAGGCCACAACGCCAGAUAGUGAAAGACCUGCACAGGCACUCCUGCGGGAUUAUGCUCUUCAUACAGAUACAGCAACGGGACUACUGAUUCGAAGCAUCCAUUUGGUAACACAGAGACUAAACUCACAGUGGAGACAAGAUAUGAGCAUCUCACUGGCAGCACUUGAAUUACUCUCUGGACUGGCCAAGGUAAAGGUGAGUGUGGACUCAUCAGACAGAAAACGUGCAGUAAGUUCUGUGUGCAGCUACAUCGUUUACCAGUGUAGCCGGCCUGCUCCGUUUCAUUCCCGAGACCUACACUCGAUGAUUGUGGCAGCCUUUCAGUGUCUCUGUGUCUGGCUCACAGAACAUCCAGACAUGCUAAAUGAAAAGGACUGCCUGAUUGAGGUGCUGGAGAUUGUGGAGUUGGGUAUCUCAGGAAGCAAGUCGAAAACCAGUGAUCAGGAGGUACGAUACAAGGGAGAUAAGGAGCUGAACCCUGCUUCAAUGCGAGUGAAGGAUGCCGCUGAGGCUACACUUACUUGUAUUAUGCAGUUGCUUGGAGCAUUCCCCUCUCCCAGUGGGCCUGCCUCACCAUGCAGUCUUCUGAAUGAAGAGACACUAAUCAAAUACUCCAGGCUGACCUCAACGAGCAAGAACCACUUCAGAUACUUUGUCUUGGAUAACAGCAUCAUCUUAGCAAUGCUGGAACAGCCCCUGGGCAAUGAUCAGAAUCCUUGCCCCUCAGUUACUGUGCUGCUCCGGGGAAUGUCUGGAAGGCAUGCAUGGACCAUGCAACUCCAUCACCAGCCGAGAGGAUCUCGAGCAAACCAAAAGGCAUUUGUUCCUGAACCUCACCCUCCUCCAAAAGAUAACAUGGGGAUCAAGUACAAUGUUAAACAUCGGCCUUUCCCUGAAGAAGUAGACAAAAUUCCAUUUGUUAAAGCAGAUCUUAGCAUUCCGGAUCUCCACGAGAUUGUUACUGAUCAGAUGGAAGUUCAACAUGAGAAGCUGAAGAAGUUGAUGGAAAAUCAAAUUCUCUAUGAAAAUGCAUUGGAAAAAAUCAGUGAGGAGAAACUGUCCAAAACCAUAUUCCCUGAUCCAGACACUGAAUGCAUACCCCCUCCACCAGCCCAGGAGUUCCAAACUGCUCGUCUUCUGCUCUCGCACUUUGGGUUCCUUUCUUUGGAAGCACUGAAGGAGCCAGGUAACAGUCGUCUUCCUCCUCACCUUAUUGCACUUGACUCCACUCUCGCUGGGUUUUUUGAUGAUAUCAGCUACUUGGACUUGCUGCCAUGCAGACCGUUUGAAACUGUCUUCAUAUUUUAUAUGAAACCAGGACAGAAAACCAGUCAGGAGAUUCUCAGGAAUGUAGAAUCCUCCAGUAAUGUGCAGUCUAAUUUCCUGGAAUUCCUCUUGUCAUUGGGAUGGCCAGUGGAAGUUGGAAAGCACCCAGGGUGGACUGGUCACAUCUCAACCAGCUGGCUAAUCAACACAGGGAGUGGCAAUGAAGGGAAAGAACAAAAGGACAUGUUGACGCCUGAAGAUACUGGAGGAGGUGUUUUUAAUGGGGAGAAGAACGCACUGUAUUAUGCCGAUGCCUUGACAGAGAUUGCCUUUGUUGUUCCCUCUUUUGUGGAGUCAUCCACUGACUCUUUGGAGAGUGGACUUGCAACACAAGAGACAGAGACACAGAUGGACCUGCUGCCAAGUCUCCUGAAACAAGCCCCACUGACCUUGGAGCUCUUCCCAAAUCAUUCCGACAACCUCGGCAAUUCGCAAAGGCCAAGUCCAACACAGAAAACCAAGAAGCUGCCACUUGGCCGCACAGUACCUCCACUGGGCCCUGAAACCAAGGUUAUUGUUGUGUGGGUCGAACGCUUUGAUGAUAUAGAAAAUUUUCCUCUGAAUGAUCUUCUGCCAGAGACCAGCACUGGAGUGGAGACCACUACAAACAGCAGCACCUCUCUCAGGACCACUGUGUCAGACAAGGAUGUGCCUGUUAUUUUUAUCCAUCCCCUGAGGACUGGCCUGUUCCGAAUAAAAGUGCAAGGAGCUACGGGGAAGUUCAGCAUGGUGAUCCCAUUGGUAGAUGGGAUGGUAGUGAGUCGGCGAGCUUUAGGGUUUUUGGUCCGACAGACAAUUAUAAACAUUUGCCGACGGAAGAGGCUGGAGAGUGAUUCCUACAACCCACCCCACGUACGCAGGAAGCAGAAGAUUGCUGAUAUUGUCCACAAGUAUCGCAACAAGCUGCUGGAACCGGAGUUUUACACCUCGCUGUUCCAGGAGGUGGGACCAAAAACCCUGAACCCGUAGGCGCACUGAGAUCCAUGCAGAGAGUAUUUAUAAGCUAUUUUACUACUUAGACAGGCACUUGGCCACUCAAGAAUGUGAUGCAAAGCACUGACUGGUAUCCAGAGCUCUGGAGAGCAGCAUAUCCCAGCUGGUUCUGUGUAAAUGUGUAUUAAGGACGUAAACUUGAUUUUUGAGAAAUAUAUAAAACCCAUUUUAUACUGAACUUCAAGACAGCCUUACUGAACAUAACCAAAUUUCUGUACAGUACCUGAAAUCUGUAUUAUGUAUUGUAUCUUUGAUCAGCUGUGUGGCACCAUGUGCACUAGUGCUGCUGUUUUAGCUCCUGGAUCUUGCACUCAAUCUGGCACGGGUAGACAGUUGUGGAGGUGAAGUGACUCUGGGGCCAUCUCAAUCUAACUAACAGUCGGAGUGACUCCACAGCACAAUCCUGCCCACUGUUCAUAGUUGGCACUAUAACUAAAGGGAAUGGGGCUGAGGCUGGGAGGAGAGGGAAAUGUCCUUUUCAUUUGUUGGCCUAGAUCAGUGAUUUUCAUGAAGGCACCAAACCGAUUCAUGUUGAAUUCCUAAUGCCAGCUUGUGUGCUUUGUGUAGGCUGGCAAACACUUGUCCUGCAGUCACCCUGAUGCUGUUAGCGUGCUUCUUAUUGCUGCUUGCAAUCCUUCCUUUAGCACAGUGCCCAGUACAAUUGGAGGAUAUCACCUUGCCUUCCUGGUGUCCUACAAGCAAUGAACAGUUGUAUUGAAAUGCAGUAUUGUAGGCUCUGUCUCACUGCUGGGGGGGAAAAUAGAAGGAAUGAAAAUUAGUGAGGAAUGUGGAGGUGGUGGUGGUUGUGGGAUUGAAGAGAUAAUGAUAAAUGUCCUUGGUGUCCCAACUCUGCAGCUCUUCCUCACUAAAUCCCCACCCUCUGGAGUCAGAAAUGAAACCCCACUCAGUGAACUCAGUUUGCAAUCGACCUUGGAAGAACUGAGAUAUUUUGUAAACUUUUAUCUGCAGAUGUAUUACCCUAGCAACCAAUACGAGUCAAAUUCCUGCCACAGCUUGCUGCCGUGAAUUACCACUGGCGGUAUCUUGCUGUUUCUCGUAUUGAACCCGUGCACUGGGACCUUGUGAUGGUUCUGAAUCAGACCUCGUGUUGUCUCAGGAAGCUGUACUUUAGCUCUCCUUUCAGUAUAGAAUCACACAGCAUGGAAACAGGCCAUUUGGCCCAACACGUCCAUAGGGAGGCAAAUAUUCCAUGUUCCCAGUAAAUCUGACCAAGAUCAACUAUAGCUGCAGAAUCAUGCAAUGAAAACCACUGACCUUAGGCUGCACUUAAAAAAUAAAAUGAUCCUAAAAAUCCAUGAGUUUGUUCCGAAGCCUCCCGCACAUCACACAAUUAUAACUUUAUUAUGUUUUUCAUAAGUUACAAAAUAUUUAAAAUACUUUUACAAUUUUUAUUUCUGUUCAACAUCAUUUUAACUUCAGCCUUCUCAUUGCAUUUGAGGAAAUAAUGGCUACUUUUUAAACUAUCUCUGUUUUCAAAGUGUUUGUUUAAUUUGUCAGAGGAGCCAUGUACAAAUCACACAAACUUACCAUUUUCCAACCAAAGAUCUAAGUAAAUGAAUUCAACUUCAGUGAACGGUGCUCAGUGUCAUUAAACAGGACACACUUCAUUGACCCAGAGUCCUGACGUUUACCCAUUUCCUUCAGCAUUCCCUGUGUCUUAAACAUCUCCUGAGCUGGAAAACACUUCUUCACCGUGUUUGUACAUCCCAUUCUGUCAAUGGGAUGUGGAGCAGUCAUAAACAGCUUGCAUACAGUUAUUGUAGAAGCCCUGUUUUAAAAAAAAACAAAAUAAGAAUUUCAACAUUUUUUUUUUCCCAAGAAAUUAAAAGGCACCAGUUCCCACUUGGUGUAAGGAGAUGAGAGUGACCCAGAGUAAAGCUGAGUGAUUGAUGUAUCUGGCACUGGGACUUCUCCCAGUCAGGUUCUGGUAAGACCAGCCCUUUCUGAUUUGAUAAAUGAUGAUCGGUUUUUGUUUUUGUUGGUUUUGGCUUUGGUCGUCUUGUCUUUUCCGGCCUUUCACAAUGUGUGAGUGAGGACACAGAAGAGUGGUGCAUGUGGAGUGGAGAAGAUUUGGGGAUGUUGCACAGAAAAACUGUGAUUGCUGUCUCAGUGCAGAACUGUGUUUAGUUUUCACUUUGCACAUACAUGGAAUUUUUUCCUGUGCCUCCCAAACAUGUCAUCAGUGCUUCCAGCCAGCACCAAGCUGGAGUGUGUGCUGAGCCAGCUCAAGGCAGUUGUGAUGCAGAAGUGCUGAGGGUUGGGCACUAGCAAGAGCUACAGGUGGCUUGACAUGAGCCCAACUGUAAUUUCACUUUGUUGUCAAUGUGGCCUUUUUAGUUUGUGAAACCAGUGUGUGAUUUUUUUUUAAUUCCUUUUACAUAAUUUGUUUAUCUCAGGGUCACCUUCAGCACCCAGCUUCCAAGCAUCAAUGUAGCCAGUAGCUGUAAAGUCUUAAUUUCAGUAGCUGAAAAGCAAAAUUGUGAUACAGAUCCAUUCUGUUGAGUAAAAGGUAGCAUUUACUGAUUUAAUAUUCAUAGGGCGGGGAAUGGGUGAAUAAUCAAAGCCCAGAUUAUUUCAUUUGCUCUGAGUUUUGCUGCUUUGGUGUGCAGUAAUGUAAUUCUAGGGUUUUAAUGGAAAGGAAACUAGAUUUUACCUGUAAAUAACUCAACCUUUUGUGUUUAUUUCAAAUCACCUUAACAUAACUUUCGUUCAGUUCUUCCAACCCUCAAAACAAAACACUGAAUUCAGAUAUUCCAAGGAGCUAGAGUGGGAUUAAACCAGCAGGUUUUCUCAAUUCCUCAAAUAAAAAUAAAAUGGCUAGUGGAAUUCAGCAUUUGAUAAAUUAAAAGUCGCCAGUUUCAGAUGGGCAAGUAAAUUACUCCAAGCAUUUGAGAGGCUGCCUCUGAGCUGCUAUCAUGUAGAACAAUAGCAUUAAGUUUCACCACUACCCCCCCAACCCAAGAGACUGGACAGUUACACCACCUGGUCAGUACUCACUGCACCCAGUCUGACACAGUGCAGCUUUCUGGUGUUGUGUGUUUUAAAGCUUGUCAUGUGCAGAGCUUGAAAACUCCAUUCAGUGAUGUUACUGCAAUCUCGGUGUUAUUUCUGCUCCUUAAACCACUCCCAGUGAUCUACCAUUUAAAGAUGUUACUGAAUGCCUCACUUAAAAAGAAACCAGAAUUGAUCGACAUUGACCUGUCAGUAUUUACUUCUUCAAACGCUAUCCUCAAUUACUGAGGCAGGAGACAGAUCCAGUUGGGAAACUUGUGUCAGUGGGCUUGUGGAGUCUGCCAUUCCCGUACCAGAAUCAUUUCAUUCCCCUUUCUUGUUCCACUCCAGCACCACUGUGACUGUGCUGGGAGGGUGGAGAGUGGGUCUCACUGAGAUUCCCCCAUUAUUUACCCACUGCUGUUUUUGUUCAGAGCUUGCUGUGUGCACAUCAGCUGCCACACUUCCUGUACUGCCACAUCAGCUACACUUCACAAAUACAUCUUUAGCUCUAGUUCUAAAAAGAAUUUGAGACACCUGGGGUGUGAAAAACUCUAUAAAAACACAAGGCCAUCUUUCCCACUGCCCAAUCUCUCUGGGGUCUUUGGCACUCAACACAGGUGGAAGGUAGAUUUGAUGAUGGUUUGGAGCUUUGGUCACCUUGGGACAGCAUUCUACUACUGGAUGUGGAACCAGUGUAUUUGUGCUUCCUGCCCAGUCCCAAACUCCAACCCUCCCUGUCCCAGGGUUACUGGAGCCCAUUGUCCACAGUAGGUAUUCCUUCAGAAACCUGUUCAUUCCUGGUGUGGCAUCUGACCUGCAACUUUCCUGCUGUGGGUACCUUGCUUCACAUUUAAAGCUGGGUUUCUGUGUGCUGGUGAAAUGAACACAAACUAGCCUUGUGUUUAGUGUGCUAAGUAAUGAGGAGAGCUGGGAGCCUGUCACCACCACACUGCAGAGUAACGGUGGUUGGAGGUUGUCAGCAAUGGGUUUGGAAGGUGCCUUUUCAUUGCCUUGACCCAUUUGUAGCUUGUGGUCAUCUGUGGGGUGGGAUUUUUUAACCUGGCAUGAUGGAUCCAUGCUGUCACCUCAGCACAGGUGUACGUGUAGUUGGUCUCUGCACCAGUCAGUCAGCAGACAAAAUUCUGACAAGGUUCUGUUCAUGUACAUGAACCUCGAUAGAAUACGCACAGCUAUGAUUGCUUCUGCUACUUUCCAACCUCCUUGCUGAGAUUAACAUGUUGAUUGCAGAGGGUACGUAUAACUGUACUUCAGGAGCAGGGAAGCUGGCAGGUUGGGAAGACCAUGAGUUCAGUCUGCAGUCUUGAGAGCUGUUAGUUGUGUGACACGCUGUCCACCAAGCAGUUUUAAACUUCGCCCAACAAUAAAAGUUUCACUGGUUUCCUUCUAAAGUUUGAACUUUACCUUGAAUUGAAUGUCGGCUGACUUGCCUCAAGUUCAUGUGUUUGGUUGUGUUGUACAGAGUUGACGUUGGUUUAAGAAGAGAUGGGGAGACUGUGGUGUUUACCUCCUGUUCUGUCUGGAAAUGCUGUCUUCAUAAUUGGAAUGUACAGCUUGGGAAAGAGUUCAUCCUUUUGCUAGUCUUCAGCCCACAGGUCACCAGCUCCCCUGUAACAUGAACUCUCUCAGAUUUCCAGCAUUUGCAGUAAAAAUGCUGACAUAACACGCUGUUAAACAAUAUCUGUGGAGAGAAAAACAAUUUAAGUCAAGGAUCUUUUGAUCAAAGUUCAAUAACUUGAAACAUUAACUCUUCAUAGAAGCCAUCUGACUUACUGAGCAUUUACAGCAUUGUCUGAUUUUUUUUCUCAUAUUAACGCAACUGGCAAUGUGGCAAUUUCUAUUGUGGAACAGGUACAGCACCAGGAACUACCUUGUACUUCAUGUCAGCUGCAUGUAAAACAUACCGCAGCACCAAAGCAAGUUGUUUAAUCUUAACCCUUAGUUUCUGCAGAAUGCUGGAGUCUUGUCUGCAGACCUCUGCUGCUGGUUCACUGGGCAGGUACCAGCGAGAACCCGUUGCCAUCCUGCUCCGUCCUUCUCUAACACUUGAUGUUACAAUUUGGGGUCAUUUGCUUCCAGACCCAGAACGGCUUAAAUCUAUUCUGCUGAAAGUUUUCUCCCUUAUACAUCUGCUUUAUGCCCUUCAUUCCAGUAUAGACUGUCGACAUACUUUAGUUAAGUUUAUUGGAUUCCAGCAAAUUCUUAGCAAAUGUUUACCAUAACCGUCAACCAAAAACCAAGUGCCAGUUUUCUUGGUGAGUGAAUAGUUCAGCUGACGGGAUACCCAACUAUUGGAAAAUCUCCCAGUGGCAUCUGGCCCCAGGCAGCUCCAGGUACCUGGGCUUGCUGGAGUUUGUUUCAUUUUAAUUUGAAGGUUAGGCUCACUGUUUGUGACAAAUUGUGUGCAAUCAUUGUAAAAGUAAACAGUGAAGUAACUUGGCAUAAUGCAUUUCUGGAGGGUAAUUUAAGUGUUGCAUUUUCUGUAAAUAAUGCUGGCUUCGAUUUGAGAUGUAUAAUAAAGGAUCAGUGUGUAAAUAAUCCAGGUCAGUUGUUUUCACUACAUAACCUCCUCGCUAGGAGCGGCACAGAGAACUCAUUUGUAUUUAUACCACUUCGAUGUGUCAAAGAAAUGUACUGACUGAAUGUACCCCA